GCAAGUGAACUGAAAUCGCACCCAUUCCUGGUACACCUGGACUGGGAACUGGUUAAGCGACAGCACUUGGAACCGCCAGUCAUUCCUCCGCAGGAUGAAGUAAAUGCUGCCGAUGCUUUAGAGAUUGGCGCUUUUGAUGAAGAGGACGUCCAGGGCAUAAAGCUGACGAAGGAGGAUCAAGCAAUUUACGACAGUUUCGACGUCGUAAUUGCCGAUCGCUGGCAAAAUGAAAUCGUAACUACAAUCUUCGACGCGGUUAAUGAGGAGUUUGAUCAAAUUGAACAUAAAAGGCGACAGAAACUACAGCAGAAACUAAAGCAACUCUCCCAGGCUAUGAGUGGGCCCAACUCCUCUCCUGCUCACGAGACUGAAGUGGAUCCAGCCGAAGCUGAAGCUUCUCGGUUUGUCUCAAAGUACCUCUCCGGCACCACGAACUUUGCUUUGCAACAGGAGACAUGGGAACGACAGCAAUCGAGCACUUAUCCACAAAAAGCUUGCCCGGAAAGCGCCACCACUAAGCAGGCAUCAAUUGAAGAGGAUGUGAUUCCCAGUUGGCCAGCUGAUUUAUUACUCGAAUGGUGGAUAUCCCCGGAGACCUACGGGUGUGGUCCAUCGGACUGCCUAAUCGAAAGUGAACUCCUUCGUCUGGGUGGUCCAUUUUUGCACACAUGGCACAAGAAGCACGUUCGCUUGUUUCCAAAUCGUCUUGAAAUCUAUCACAAGACCCAACAAGGAAUACCCCUGAAAGGGGCUGAGUCAGUUUCCAUGCUGGAUUUUGGAUCUAUUUAUCCAUCGCUUCAGAAGGUCAACAAGUAUGAAAAUGUUGUCAUAAUCGUUCUGAAAGACCAGUCGAAAAUCUUCUUCACUUCAACGGACCAAAUAAUAAUCGAAACAUGGCUGUGUGAAUUACUACAGGCAUUCCAAAACUCUAGCCAGGUGCUGAGUACAGUCAGUCGUAAGGUGUACUGGAUCUACGGAAUUGAUGAGCCAAAGCUGUACGCGCGUGCGGCUCCAUCGUCACAGAAUGAAACCAAUGCGAAUAGAGCCACUGUAUCUACGGUAAGUGACAUCAAUGCCAAACGGAAGACCUUCCAACGAAUGCACUCCUUCCAAACUGUAAUCGGACAAAAACAUAAUUCCCCUCCCGUUACACGCGCAGACACAAUCUCUUCACUUGGCCGUCGAGCUAUUAUGAAGACGAUCAAUCGCACAACAUUAGCUCAAAGUCAGGACAAUGAGUAG